GACUGUUUUGUAUACUCCAGUGGAGUCUGUGUACACGUCGUUAUCAUAUGUCACUUAGGAUAGUAAACAUUCCAUUGAAAUUAACGCUGCAUUUCCUAUUAUUCACUUGCAGACAGAAGAAGAAGUGACAAUGUUCCAUCGUACCACACGUGAAGUUAUGAGUCAUAGUUCGUUCGUUUAGCAAGUUCGACGUUAUAUACUGAUGUUGUGCUAAAGCUAUUCGCCAGUUGCUAAUGUGAAGUCGUGGAUACAAUAAAAAGAUUAUAGUAAAGAGAACGUGUAAAAGAUUCAUCACGGACAUAGUAUUAACUUAGAUAUAUAUAUGUACAUAUACAUGUGUGUGGACCUGUAAUAUGAUACAUUUUUACUACAUUAGUAAUUUGUCAUAAUAAGACAAGAUUUCUGUAAAGAAAAAUUACAGAUGAUACAGAGAUUAAUUUAAUCAACAAUAUAUUUAUUGCAAGGAAUGCAUUAUAAUAGAGAGUUUAAUAUAUGAUAUUGUAUUUAUAACAAUUCCUAAAAGAAAAGGACAUAGUAUUUUAUUUAAUUUCAUUCAAAGUAUUAUUGAAAAACUAAAAAUAUUUCCUAUAUCAUUUGAAAUGAUAUAGACACAAAUUAAUACAGUGAUUUAUAAACACAAUAAUCAAACUGAGAAAGUACAAAAGAAUUUGUAAUGCUAGUUAACAUAGUACAUUUUUAAAAAGUUGAUAUUUAUUGAGAGCGAAAGAAAAAUAUUCUGUGGUAAAUAUGAGUGGAACGUUAAGAGACCAACCAUGGGGUCUUCAAGUAUUAGAAUCCAUAGUUUGGAAAUGUUGCCCUCAUCGCAGGGUCAAUCGAAUGGCAUGGCAUCAAGGUGGCAUUUUAGCCUUGACGUAUUUGGCAUAUACUUGCUAUCACAUGACACGAAAGCCUAUAUCUGUGGUAAAAAAUGUAUUGAGUCUUAAUUGUAGCAGCUUGUCACCACCUCCAAACUUUUUAAUCAAUAGUACCAAUAGAGAUACGUGGUGUGAUUGGGCUCCAUUUGAUACCAUAGAUGCUCCAGCAUUACUUGGAAUGUUGGAUUCCGCAUUUCUGUUCGCGUAUGCAGCAGCCAUGUUCCUCAGUGGUUUUAUAGCAGAGAGAGUUAAUCUACGUUAUUUUCUUACAUUUGGUAUGCUUGCAUCAGGUAUAUCAAGUUAUCUUUUUGGUAUUGCUAGACCAUAUAAUAUUCAUAGCUUAUGGUACUUUAUUCUAAUCCAGGCAAUCGCUGGUGUCUGCCAGACAUCGGGUUGGCCAGGUGUAGUUGCAGUUGUUGGAAAUUGGUUUGGAAAAGGAAAACGAGGAUUAAUUUUUGGAAUAUGGAACUCCCAUACAUCGUUAGGAAAUAUUUUGGGUACUUUAAUAGCUGCUGAAUUUGUGGAAUCUGAUUGGGGCUUAAGUUUCAUGAUACCUGGAAUGACAAUGGGCUUAGCAGGAUUCGUAAUAUUUCUAUUUCUUGUACCCCAUCCUAUAGACAUAGGAUGUAUUCCGCCCGUUCCUCAUGGAUAUAGAAAAUUUGAAGAUAUCCAUAGUUCAGACGAGAAUAGCGGUGUAGAGGAUUCUAGGAAUUGUAAUAGCAAUGUUGAAGAUCGUCUCAUCUAUCGCUGUGCCUACCGCGAACAGAUUGGUGUUAAUGAUUUGGAAAGUGCAAGAUCCGAAACUAGCCCAAUAUUACCAAGGCACAGACGCACGCAAGACCAUCACAAAGCAGACGCAAUUGGAUUUAUAGGAGCUCUUACUAUUCCUGGAGUCAUAGAGUAUUCUCUUUCCUUAUUUUUUGCAAAACUUGUAAGCUACACAUUCAUGUACUGGUUACCAUUGUAUAUUGCAGCAUCAACUACUUAUGGUGCAACAUUAAGUGCGGAUAUCUCAGUUUUAUUUGAUAUUGGAGGUAUUGCGGGUGCAAUAGCAGCUGGUAUUUUAUCUGAUUACAGUGGCAUGAGUGCUGUAAUAUGUGCAGCUAUGCUUGCACUUGCAGUUCCUGUAUUAUUUAUCUAUGACUACAUUGGAAGCUCUGGUUUGGGGAUCAACGUAGCAUUGCUAUUAAUAGCUGGAAUGCUAGUCAAUGGACCUUAUGCUUUGAUUACAACUGCCGUAUCAGCUGAACUAGGAAUUCAUCCUAGCCUUGGAGAAAAUUCUAAAGCUGUAGCUACAGUUACUGCCAUCAUCGAUGGAACAGGUAGUAUCGGUGCUGCAGUUGGCCCACUAUUAGCAGGAUUACUGUCACGCUGGAGUGAUUGGCACAAUGUAUUUUAUAUGCUCAUGUCUGCAGAUAUUCUGUCAUUAUUGGUUUUAUCGCGAUUGGUUUACAAAGAUCUACAAAUAUAUUUCUACAGAAGAGCUGUUUAAUUUCAUUUUAUGUCGAAGAAAGAAUAAGAUGAAUACAUAAAUAUUUUAAUCUGCAUUUGAAAUUUUAGUUUUUUUUACAAAUAUUAUAAAAUGCAUAAAUCAUUGCAUUUUAUAUAUUUAAAGCUUAUGUGUUAAAAAUAUUUUACUUGAAUACAUUAAAAUAAAUGCUAUAUUUUAUA